AUGUUCCGACACCUGAACUGCCUCACCCCGGGCUCCGAGACGACGGGCCGCUCAUCCGUUCAUUACCUGGAAAUACUGAAUGAACUGCACAUAAACACAGACGAUGUCAUGGUGUCGUUCGUUCUAACCUCGCUUUUUACCUCGAUCCCAAAAGAUUUGGCAGUUGAAACUCCCAGCGACCUCCUCGACAGCCAAUUUGCAGAGGCAAGCAAUACAACUAGGCGGGGCCACCUAAUGCAACUGCUUAAAUACUGCCUCCAAAAGUUUCUCAUCUUUGAAGGGACUGUGUACGAGCAAAUAAAAGGUACGCCUAUGGGCUCACCACUAUCUCGUUUCAUCGCUGAAGCUGUUCUUUAAAUUUUGGAGACGUUGGUAUUCACAAAAUACAAGCCAAAAUGUUGGGCGCGGUAUGCGGGCGACACUUUCUUCGUUCUCAAACGGGAAAUGAUCUCGGAUUUCCACACACUACUAAACUCUGUCCUUCCAGAUAUGCAAUUCACUAUGGAGAUAGAGAACAACCAUCAGAUGGCGUUUCUAGACGUUCUGGUCCAUCGCAAGUUUAACCAGAGCCUGAAAACGACGGUUUACAGGAAGACAACUAACACUCGCCAAGUCCUGUCCUACCACAGCAAUCACCCGCUGUGUCACAAACGAAGCUGUGUUCAAUCUCUCUACAAGCGAGUUGACACUCACUGCAGAGAACCGGCCGACAAGGUAGCCGAACUCCGCCAUCUUCGGCGGAUGUUCACCUCCAACAGUUACCCCCGCAGCUUUAGGGAUCUCAGCAGACUGUCCAGAACACUAAUUAAGUUAACCGCAAAUAAACCGAAAUUCUGGCGAGCGCUGAAAUUUACUGCGAACGUUUCGGAGGCAGUUGAUCGUAUCUUACAACCAUUGAAUAUCAUCAUCGCCCAUUAGCCUGAAUCGACAACUAGACGUCUGGCCAUGAGAACAAAAACGCCCCUACCACGAGGCGAAACGCAAAACUGCAAACGUCUUCUAUCGGAUCCCGUGUAGUUCCCACGAAACGGACUACGUUGGAGAAACCGGAAAAAAGAUUGCAGACCCGCAUAGACGAACACGUGAGAGCUGUACAAAGGAUAUAUCAACUCUCGCUGGUGGCAAACAUUGCGCAACUUCUGAUUAUGCCUUCGCCUAUAAGAGGACGAAGCCUUAGGUCAAGGGAGCGAUCAAACGGUCAGGGAGACGCUCGAAGCCUGGCGCCCCACAACUACCUCGAUCAAGCGCUGCGUAACUUUGCCGGCUGCCUUCUAAACCCUAGGGAUGAAUUUCAACUAGAAGGGCCACCGUCGAGGCGUCAAGACAGAGACGGCAGUAGUUAAACCCAGACCAGACGCGAACAUGGACGGGCACAGACAAGCAUUCGGGACGGACAAAAACAGGGGACAACCGGCGGCGAACAUACACGACCACUCGGUGAGAACUUCCGACAGUAAAAGGACUCCCCAGCCCGACGUCAACAGUGGCAUGGCAAUCACCGUCCACACGGUUACGGGCAGGUGCGUACGGGACAGGAAGGUGAGAUACGCGGAGGACGGAUAACGGACAAUUCAAACAAGACCAAUUGCCCCGGUCACCCGGACGCCGCUGCCUUCCCUUCCCCCCGAAGAAGGAUGAGGAGGAACCGAUGUUCCCAAGACAACAAUCGCCAAGCCUUUUGUGCAGCGCACUGGAAGUCAGUGACACGCCAGCACGAAGGGAACCCCUUAAAUACUCUGACGUGCAGUACGCAACCCACCUCCGAUGAUGGAAGCAUAUCUGCUUUCGAAACGUCAGGCAAAUAAAUCCAUGUUUCCUGUGAUCGUCUUAUCUUCUCAUAUAUAGGUAUAUAUAUAUAUAUAUAUAUAUAUAUAUAUAUAUAUAUGCGGUCAUCAUUUGCCCCAUAAUUUUUUGAUCCAUGGACGUCCCCUCAUGGACUAUUUUUGCAGUGCUUCGUGUGCAUCAACGCUAAUUUCCAAUGGUUGACAGAGAUAAAAGUCGUUUUAUGACACCUAUGAAGUUUAUUUUCAGUAUUUUGUGCAUGCUUCUUAGUCAUAUGCACAGCGUGGGAGCUGCGUUUUUAUAUCUUUAAAAAGAAUGAAUGAAUAAACUCGGUCUAUUGUCAGAAAUAGUACUGGUUUUCGGGUCCACAGAUCGCUCAUCAUGAUAUCCGUGUAUAGUUUUUCGAAAAUAUUUGGAAAUACGUGAAGCAUACGAAGAACAGCAGUGUCGGUUUGAUGCUCAUCGUAGUUUAGCUCAAAGCUAGCGUAGCCAAAGACGUCAAAAAAGGUAAAGCUAAUCGGCUCAGAAUUUUCAUCUGCUAUACCUUCGAUGAAAUCCAGAUAAGUGUCGGCCUGAAAGUUAAUUGAUAUCGCACCAAUAAAGCGACAGAAGUAAAAUUGUUUUUAUUUAAAUGACAGAUAUUAGAUGAUUGUACAAUAAUGCACACCAUUUUACAGAUUCUGUAGAUGCUCAGAAUCUAUAUGUUGUCUCAAUCUUCUAAAACAAUCGUUUUCUGACUUGGGUUUUCACUUUCUUAUCGAUGCUAACUUGUGUAGGCUUAAAGAAUUACCAUAACAGAAAAUAGCAAAAGUUAGUCUUUCGAAGGAGUUUGAUCUGUGUGGGUGAUGCCUAGUGACACUUGGACUGAAUUGGUUCGCCGGUAAUAGUUUAAGGCAGCCACCCGUCUUAAAGAACUUUCAGUCGAAAUGAACUUAAUAAAUUAACGUCUGUAUUGCAGAAGGAUGAUUAACUAACGUUUCCAUAUCAACCUAGUUACUUGUAAAAGAUUUUGAUACCGACUACAGUGCAAAAUAGUUUCAAGAUACCGUAAUCACAACAGAAAUCUAACUUUUGAUUAAGUAUAUUUGCGCAUACCCUCAGGAUUUAGACUCAGUACGAAAGGGCCACUUACUUAGAAAUUAACGUUUCCCUUCUACUUUCAAUGAUCUUAUAAAUUCAGAUAUAUAUAUCUAAGUUAUCCUUUACGGCAAACAAUCAGUUAAGAAUUUAAGUCGAUAUUUCACGAUAUAGGGACGCUACUGCAUACUAAUGGAUAUGACUCACAGUUUCUGAAAAGCAAAGUGCGAUCCGGGGAAAUGCAACAUUGCAAAAAAUGUUGUAUUUGUUGGGUGAGUCGGACGCAUAAGUAUAACAUUCAGUAGUGCUUCCAAAUUUGGCAAAUAUGAUAGCGCAUUCUCUGUCCUCAAAGUCAGUAUAGGAAGUGGGUAUUUCAAUGAUAGUCAGCUUGCUUAGCAAAUAAUCAAAUGUAUUAUCAAAUGCUGUUUUUGAAUUGAUGCUGCUGCAGUCUGGAAGUUGUGGGGAUUUCGGUUCCUCCAUCGCUGCAGGGUACAGGAAUUUUUAUUAAGGGUUAUAUUUUAUAAAUGGAGGGAUCGCACCUACACGUUUACAUAACAUAUAGACAGUUCACAUGAAAACCGAUUAUAAACCCAUAUUUUGUUGAUACCCUUGAAAAUAUUUUUAAAUGCAUAAAGGUAUCAUAAGGACAACCAUGACAUAAUUCAUCCGAAAUUAAAAGAACCGUCACUUAGUGAGGUAAAAGACAAAACGCCGCCUGUUUGAACUGCUAUCGCGGAACUGUAGAUUAAUGUUAAUUGAAAACCUAUGACACUUGAUAAUUCAUGCAACGGUAUAUUUUUCUGCAAAAAUACUUAAUUCCUAAUUACGGGUAAUGAUUUUUAUUUAAAACAAGUAGACACCGUAGUUUAUAAGCAAUACCUAGCAUCUCACCAGCGAUGUUCUUAAUAUGAAAGAUAAUUAACGAAGUAAUAUACAGUACAUUCCACAUUUCCAAAUCGGUAGACUUUCAGCUGCUUCUAUUUCACCGAACUUACAUAAAAUGAGACAUAUAUCCUAGCAGGACUGGUAGGCUGAAUUAGCGUAUAGGAGUGCAUUUGCGGCGAUAAGCCAACGAAUGCAAAUUUGCGAGGACAGACCACGUCCUGUGGAUGGACCUAUACCCUGAUCAAACCAUCAGCUAUGUCAGCUCAACUAAGUGGACACAAAUAAUUAGUCGACGUUAAAAGUUCUACAAGAUACUGGCAUUUUUAAUGACAUUUUACCUCGUUUCGGGGUAUAACGCCGGGUUUACCUUUGAUUAGUACACUAUGAACUACGAUUAUCACAAUCCUUGUAAUAUGUAUUAAGAGAGAGAGAAAGGAGUUUUCCUUAUUUUGAAAUAAUAAAUUCAAAAUCUUCAGAAAAAACUAAGCACUAUUGACUGUGGCGAGAAAAAGAGUUUAAAAAAUUAAAUCAAGCGUCAAACGUUUUACACACAACCGGACGUCUAUUAAGAGGACAGUUCGAGUUUUAGGUAUUUGAACCUAGAGGAAAAUCUUUCCUGGGAAAACGAAUAAAUUUUACAAUCCGUUUUUAGAACAAAACAAGCAUAAUUUUCUUCCUAUGAAUAUUCUGAAGAUAAUUAGGUGUUUAAUGGAGCACGGCAUUUAAAUAAAUAAAUGUAUGAGAUAAAAACGAAAGUGUCACGAGAAUCUCGGUUGUUUAGCUCCCCCCAGCCAAUAUUCCUCAGCCGACCUCCGGUCGCGAAAAUCGCUUUUGGUCACCGACCCCAGCAGAAUAAGAAAGAAGAGAGUAUGACCGAUGGAAAAAGAACAAGAAGAAGACGACACUUAACACCACAGGUAAAAGUCGCCAGAAUACGAAAGAGAGCAUAUUAGCCUUACCCGAAAAGCAGUUGAAAAAUGAAACGAAUAUAAAUGUGCCAACGGAAGAAGUGGAAGUAAUGGGGCAGAUGACGCACAACCUUAAUAAUUCCCAGACCGUGUUCUCAUUUCCUGAGCCUAACUAAGAGGGAUUUUCAAUUAGCGCAAAGACAUAUGGCUAUGGACCCAGGGUGGAAUUAGCUGCCACCGCCAAUUCCCAUGUCAACAGAGUUAAAAACAGAGCUGAGGAAGCCUUUAAUUCAUGGGGGUCAAGCUAUCCACAGAGCCUUCUGAUGGGAGGCAUUGGUGAUAGAUCACAGUGUGCAACUAUUCACGAUGCCUCAACAGGAUCCGCGGAUGAACUUCAUGGGGACAAAAAAACCAAUAUGGCAGCCCCUUCCUCUUCUCCAGUCCACUUCGACAAGGCAAUAGGGCAAGCCAACGACGUUCAAAUCGCAGAAACUAGAGGAAUGCUUAACAAGGACCACUGUGUCAUAAUUCAGGGUCUCCCAGGGUCCUCCGCUAGUACCCCCAGGGAACGAAUCGCCGCUGACUUAGAGCAAUUCCAGAAACUCCUAAAUGAAAUGCUGCAACUAACAGAAGGUGUCACAGUCCUAAAGGAGUUUCGUCUUGGUAGCCGUACAAAUGGCGCUCGGAAGACGCGACCAAGACCCCUGAAAAUCGUCCUAGGUAGUAAUGACCAGGCAAAACUAAUCCUUUCCAGGCGUUUUCGAUUGAAGCAUUCCCAUAAAGGAGUGUCUUUUCAGUCGGACUACUCACCUGCCGAGAGAAUGAAACGCCGCAAACUUGUCCUAGAAUUGAGAACACGGCAAACCAACGGAGAAAAAAACUUGACAAUCUACAAAGACCAGCGGCUGCUGGUUGGGCUCAAGAGAGAGCCCGUAAGGCACAACGGAACGAGUUAGUUCCGUAUGAACGAUCGGUGAGCGCCCCCUAACAUUGUAUAGUCCCGAUCGAAAAGCGACAAGGCAACGGGCUCGUGGCCCGGUGAGUAUAGGCGUUGACUUCUAAACCAACAGGUCGCGAGCUCGAGGCUCGGGUGUUCCACACUUCGGGCUUGGGUAUGGCUGGCUGACGACGGCUAAUAAGCCAGAAAUGGUCAUUCCAGUCUCUCUUGUCUUUGUCGGUAAUAUCAUUCUGCCUAUAUAUCAGGCGCCCCUGUGCGGCUGCUGGUUGGGCUUGAGAGAGAGUCCAUAAGGCACAACGGAACGAGUGAGUUCCCUAUGAACGAUCGGUGAGCGCCCCCUAACAUUGUAUAAUCCCGAUCGAAUACCGACAGGGCAACGGGCUCGUGGCCCGGUAGGUAGAGGCGUUGACUUCUAAACCAACAGUUCGCGAGUUCGAGGCUCGGGUGUUCCACACUUCGGGCUUGGGUAUGGCUGGCUGACGACGGCUAAAAAGCCAGAAAUGGCCAUUCCAGUCUCCCUUGUCUUUGUCGGUAAUACCAUUUCUGCCUAAAGACCGGAUUGUCAAACGACAUUCUGCUCCCCUCUGGAUCAAGCCGAUCCGAAUGACCGCACAGCUACCCCAGUAUCCCGUGUCGGGUUUGAAAACAAAUCUCGCAUGAACUCGAAACUCAUAUUCAUGUAUACCAACGCGCAAGGUGUACUUUCAAAACUGGACGAACUCCAUAUCCAUAGCUAUGACAUCCAUCCAGACGUUAUCUCAAUAACAGAAACAUGGUUGUCCGAACAGGUUGAUGAUAGAGAGCUCAUGCUUCUAGGAUAUCAACUGUUCCGCCGAGACAGAGAAAAAAGAAGGGGUGGAGGCAUAGUAACAUUUGUUAAGAAUGGCUUCCACGUUUCAGAAAAAACUGCCCAACUGACUUGUAGUACCGAAGCAUUAUGGCUGACCAUAAGGGCACCGGGCUCUCAAAGUCUCGAUAUCUUGACAGUAUAUCGCCCCCCGAGAAAUGACCCUGACGCUGAUGCCCAACUGCUGGAGGGGCUCAGAUUAUUUUCAACGCGGCCGACUACUCUCAUCGUUGGAAAUUUUAAUGCACCUCACAUCGUCUGGAGCUCGGCCUCAGCCGACUGCUCUGAAGCAGCAUUUGACCAGCAGCUACUGCGUACCACCGACAACCUGCUUCUCACACAACACGUAAUGUUUCCAACGAGAGUUCGAGAGGGCCAACAGAUGAACUGCCUCGAUCUUGUGUUCACCAAGUCGUCUGACAACAUCGACGUUGUGAAUUGCCUCCCCCCGUUGGGUCAGAGUGACCAUGUAGUUCUCAUGUGGGAAUACACAUUAUUCUCCCUGCCUGCACAACCGCUCGAUUCCCGACCUAAUAUUUGGCGCGGCGAUUUCGAACCGAUGAAAAAGGAUCUUAGUCCUAUCGACUGGGCAUCCACUCUUUACGGUGAUGUCGAAGUGGCUUGGUGUCAGUUCAAAGAGUUAGUCCACAACUUCAUCUCCAACCACUGCCCAAUCAUGCGCAGAAGACUAACAAAUAGACCUCGCUGGUUGACUCCGUCCUUAAAGAAGGAAGUUAACAAAAAGAGGAAGCUAUGGAAAAGAUAGCCGAUGGAUCGCACGCCAGAAUCCCUAAGCAGUUAUAAGUUUCAGAGAAAUCGGAUCAAAAUUCUCACCGCCAGAGAUAGGAAAGGUUUUGAAAAGAAUCUUUUGGACCUUGCCAUGAUUAAUCCAAAAAUCCUUUACAGCUACAUAAGACAGAGCACACGGAACAAAGAUCCUGUCCCACUGCUGCGAACGGCUGAGGGUGUGGAAAUCUCCGAUGACAAGGAUAAGGCUGAACAUCUCUCUCAGUUCUUCCGAUCAGUAGUGACAAGUGAACCUGCUUUUUCCUCACCCGCUUAUGAAGACGAUGAAACGCCUACCCUCGAAGCCGUCUUCUUCACUGAAUCAAUUGUUCGGAAUGAGUUACUAAACCUAAAAGAAUCGACCUCCCCAGGCCCUGAUGCAAUCCCGGCCAAGCUGCUGAAGGAGCUAGCUCCCGAAAUGUCCAAGCUGUUAGCGUUGAUCUUUUAA